AUGCGCAGCGACAUCGCAUACCGCGGGCUGUCGCGGCACGUGGAGCUUGAUCGGGCUGCCGAUCCGCGAGAUAGAUUCACUCUACAGGAGCUGAUCGGUGAAGGCACCUAUGGCGAAGUCUAUUGUGCUAGAGACAAGAAAAGUGGUCGAAGGGUUGCAGUCAAGAUAUUAGAGAACAUCACAGAGAAUAUAGAAGAAAUAGAAGAGGAGUUCCUGGUAUUCAGAGAUUUAUCUAGCCAUCCAAAUAUUCCUGAAUUUUUUGGAUUGUUUUUGAAACGCGGAGUAUGCUCAGAUGACGAUCAAAUAUGGUUUGUCAUGGAGCUCUGUACCGGCGGAUCAGUGACAGAUUUAUGUGCUGGAAUGCGGGCUCACGGCAACAAUCUCACCGAACCACAACUGGCUUACGUAUUGCGAGGUACCGUACGGGCCUUGACACAUCUACACGCGCAUCGGUGCAUGCAUCGCGACGUUAAGGGACAUAACAUACUUCUAACAGAAGAUGCUGAAGUCAAACUUGUUGAUUUUGGCGUCUCAUCACAUUUGGCAGCUACAGCAGCAAGAAGAAACACGUCUGUCGGGACACCUUAUUGGAUGGCACCUGAAGUCAUAGCGUGUGAACAACAGUUGGAUGAAUCUUAUGAUUGCCGUUGUGACGUAUGGUCGGUGGGCAUAACUGCGAUAGAACUGGCAGAAGGAGAACCACCUUUAUCAGGAUUACAUCCUAUGAGGGCACUUUUUCAAAUCCCUCGAAAUCCACCCCCAACUCUGGCACAUCCUGAAAUGUUUUCGUCACAACUCUCAGAUUUUAUUGCAGAUUGCUUAGUAAAAGAUAUGAAUCAGAGAUCAUUUGCAAGAGAGCUUUUGGAACAUCCUCUGCUGCUGGCAGUUAGUAGCUUGGAGGACAAGAUCCGUGAAGAGUUACAAGCGGAAAUAAAAAGACAGAGAGCUGAGGGCCGAGGCUCUAGGGCGCCUGAGGCUACAACCAAGAGGGGUAAACUCAAAUCACACCGAAAAGCACGACCAGAGAAAAUGUACACUGAUGACUUAGCAACACUUGAAGUACUGACAGAAGAUGCAAUCGUAGAACAAUUACAAAAAAGAUAUGUCCAAGAUCAAAUUUAUACCUAUAUCGGUGAUAUACUGGUUGCUGUCAAUCCUUUUACAGACGUAGGGAUUUACACUGCAAAGACUCAACAGAUAUAUCAGGGCCAUUGUCGGUCAGACAACCCACCACACAUCUACGCGGUAGCUGACGCAGCGCAUCAGGCUUUGAUGCACCAGAAACAGCAUCAGGCUAUUGUGAUUUCGGGAGAAAGUGGGGCUGGGAAAACGGAAUCUGCCAAUCUAUUAUUGAAACAACUCGUUUUUCUGUCGAAGACUCAAAAUCGAAAUUUAGAGGAGAAGAUUCUUCAAGUAAACCCCAUCAUGGAGGCAUUUGGUAACGCUCGUACUGGCAUCAACGCAAACAGUUCUCGUUUCGGCAAAUAUUUAGAUUUGUCUAUGAUGAGAGUUGGACGGAUCGCAGGCGCACGAAUAUCUGUAUAUUUACUGGAACAGUCAAGAGUUGUGCAUCAAGCCUUGGGCGAAAGCAAUUUUCACGUAUUCUACUACUUAUACGAUGGACUCGAGAGCGAAGGUCGUUGGCGAAAGUUCUAUCUUGACGAGCAGCUCAAAUCACGGCAUCGUUAUCUGCAGCCGCUGUCGGUUGUACACAGGGAACACAACGUGCACCGUUGGAGGCAACUGAAUCAGGCUUUUAAGGUAGUGGGUUUUGAAGACGAAGAGGUACAAAUUAUAUACAAAAUGCUGGCCGCAAUUCUUCACCUCGGUGACAUUGAAUUCGGUGAGACAGCUGGCGAAGACAAUGCGGAUAACAAAGCCACCAUAAUCGACACCGCACCGUUGCAUAGAGCAUCGUGUCUCCUUGGCGUGGAAACAGUUGACCUUCGUGAAUGCCUUACAAGUAGUAGUGUGGUGGCUCGAGGAGAAACCAUUGCAAGACAUAGUUCCCCUACUGAAGCCGCUGUUGCUAGAGAUGCCACUGCAAGGGGAUUGUAUGCGAGAGCAUUUGACAGGAUAGUAGAGAGGAUCAAUGCAUUGCUCUGCCAGAAUAGAGCCAAGGAACAGCUGUCAAUCGGAAUACUGGAUAUUUUUGGCUUUGAAAACUUCACGAGAAAUUCAUUUGAACAGCUUUGUAUAAACAUUGCCAACGAACAAAUUCAAUACUACUUCAAUCAGCAUAUCUUCACUUGGGAGCAACAGGAGUACAUGGCUGAAGGAAUACCGGUCGAUCUUGUUGAGUUCUCUGACAACAGGCCUGUUUUAGAUAUGCUGUUGUCGAGGCCUAUGGGGAUGUUGGCAUUAUUGGACGAAGAAAGUCGCUUCCCAAGAGCUUCAGAUCGAAGUUUAAUAGAGAAGUUCCACAAUAACAUCAAGAGCAAAUACUACGUCCGUCCGAAGUCUGAUGCCAUUUGCUUUGCAGUACACCAUUUUGCUGGACGAGUAGUUUACCAGGCCGAAGGUUUUCUAGAGAAGAACCGUAACUUCCUGCCACCUGAAGUUGUACAGUUGAUGAGGCAAAGUCAACACGAUAUUAUCCGAUUUUUGUUUCAAUGUCCUAUAACUAAGACUGGUAAUUUGUAUUCACCGCUGCACGGAGAUGUUUUGGAUAGGAGUUUAGAGAGUCCAAUAAAUGAUGUUCGAGAGCGGUUUAAUAGUCGUGGUCUCGCAUCUCAAUCUCGAGCACAACAAACGGUAUCGACCUACUUCCGGUACUCUUUGAUGGAAUUGCUUCAGAAAAUGGUAAGCGGGACUCCCCAGUUUGUGAGGUGUCUCAAGCCUAACGACUCCCGCUCUCCAAAACAUUUCGAUUCUGCUAAAAUACUGAAACAACUUCGAUACACCGGCGUUUUAGAAACUAUUAGGAUUAGACAAAAUGGGUUUUCCCACCGUUUGGCAUUUGAGGAGUUUUUGAAAAGAUAUAGUUUUCUAGCAUUCAGUUAUGAUGAAGACAUUAAACCGAACCGAGAUUCAACCCGCUGCUUAUUACUAAGACUGAAAAUGGAUGGCUGGGCCCUCGGCAAGUCUAAAGUGUUCCUCAAGUACUACCACGUUGAACUUUUAGCUAGAAUCUAUGAGGAACAGAUAAGAAAAAUAGUUCUGGUUCAAGCUUGCGUCCGCGGUUGGUUGGGAAAGCGACGCUAUGAGAGGUUAAAGUUGCAAAUGGCGAUCUCCGUGUUGACAUUGCAGAAGCAUGUACGCGGAUGGCUUACGCGUAAACGCCUGCAGGAACGACAGAAACAAAUCGCUAGAGAGUUCCAGAGAGAGCAGGACAGCCAGAGGAAACAACACAAGUCCGGUGCCUCAAACAAGAACAAAGCUAUGUUGAAAGCGAAAGAACUAAGGCGGAUGACGUCACAAGACAGCGAUAGCAGCGAACCUUCCUCCAACAAAGAAAACAUCGACACUAACAGAGCUGCCGUCGUUAUACAAAGCCAUUACCGAGGGUACACGGCGCGUCGUGCGUGGUCGAAAGGGCGUACGCCACCGCCGCCCACGGAGCCCGCACUCGCUUCACCGCAACUCCUAAUGCAGCAGUACUCGCAGCAAGAGCGCGCCACACAACUGCACACAUUUUCUGACCAGGUUCACAAUAAAAAUCAAGAAGUUCACAAGAAUCUACGUCGUAAUAAGCCAGGGAUCAGAUUGCAGGCUGUGCAGCGAGCUGACGAAUACCGACAACCGCCCGGUUUCACUUUGGUACCAGCGAUUAUUAGGGGACAACCCACACAACUUGAGAAAGAAGCUAGCAGGCUGUCGAGAUACCAACCAACUAGCAACGGUCACGCCAACGACUACCGCGAUGACAGGCAUUAUCAAAAUGGUCACUACAAUAGGCAGCCCCCGCCUUGCAGCCGCCAGUGCGGAGGCCUAGUCAGUGAUAAAAUCAACGAACUGGUAAGAAAAUCUCAGAAUUCGGAACUACCACCGCGGCCGGCAUUCACUCCCACCUACGAUCCAGAGUCUAAACUGAGGAAGAUCCUCCGGAAUUCACCAGAAAUCCUUGCAACUCCAGUGUUUAGCUCUGACGAUGACUACAAUGAGGGACCCUUUAGAUUCAAGCAAUUAUUAAGACCCACACUAGGUCCUACAGAGAGUCUCCGUAAACGAAAAGUUCGGACCUCCUCAGGCCAGAGUCCCUGGAUGUCGGAUAGCUCACAAGAUAGCACCAUUUCUAAGGAAGUGUUGAACAAACGUCGGCCCCAGAUCAGUAAUGGAGUAUUUUACAAUUAA